CGCGCUCUGAACCCGCUGAUGGAGAAUAGCGAGCCACGGCCAAGCUUUUCUCUCGCGAGGACUUUUCCGCAUCAAGUCAGAUGGGGAGCUGGGAAGAAGACUGGUAGUCCCAAGACUGUCGAACAGGCGGAGAAAGGUGAGACGCAGACGGCGCCGUGGGAUAGGGAGGACGAAGUAGAGCAGGCGGCUGCAGCGGGUGAGGACGCUGAAUGGGAUGUCGGAGAUGAGGCAGUGGAGUCUGAAACGAGUACGCAGGUUGAUCGACUGUCACAAGCCGGGAGGGAUGUCGAGGAGGGAGAGAAUGAUGACACACCGGAAGUGCAGCAUCGACGAGUCGACGCUUUUCGGAAAGAUGGCGAGUGGGCUGGGAAUGUAGCGGAGGAAGAUACAGUCGAGGGCGAUGCUGAGGAUCACCCAUUCAACCACUGGGCCCUCCUCCGCCUCCGCUUCCAACGCCCCCUGGCCGAAUGGCUCGGAACCACAAUUUACAGCUUCAUUGGCAUAUCCGGCACUCUCGCCGUGCAGACCUCCUCACCAUCCUCUCCCCUCACACCUCAAUCCCAAUACUGGACCUGGGGUUUCGCGACCAUGCUGGCGAUCUACAUCUCCGGCGGCGGGUCCGGCGCCUUUCUCAAUCCAGCUUUGACGAUCCUGUUGUCGGUCUUUCGAGGCUUUCCCGCCCGCCGUGUGCCGACAUACAUCCUCGCACAAAUACUCGGCUGCUUCACGGGCGCUCUGCUCGCGUUCGCGGUCUAUCGAGAUGGCAUACUCAUGUUGUCGGAAGAUGGAGUUCUUAGCGCGGAAACGACUGGUACGGCGUUUUACACGCAGCCGAAAGAGUGGAUGGGGAAUGGCAGUGCUUUUCUGACCGAGUUGCUGGGAACGGCUGUCGUGGGGAUCUCAAUACUUGCCCUAGGAGACUCGGGCAAUAGCCCACCUGGAGCAGGAAUGCACGCCUUCGUUAUAGGUCUGCUCAUCACGACUGCGACGAUGGCGUUGGGACAGGGUACGGGAGGAUGUUUCAAUCCAGCGAGAGAUCUGGGACCGAGGUUGGCGACUAUGGUCGUGGGGUACAAUCGUGGCAUGUGGAGUGCGCGGGAUUGGUGGUGGAUCUGGGGAGCUUGGGGAGCGACUGUGACUGGAGCAUUGCUCGGAGGCUUCGUGUAUGAUGUAUGUGUUUUCAAAGGCGGAGAGAGUCCGGUGAAUUAUUCGUGGAGAAGAUGGAAAGUCGAGGGGUUGAAGGAAGAAAAAGUGUGGACGGAAAGACUUGGGAUGAGGAGGAAGACCAAAGAUCUGCAGAAAAGGUUGGAGGAGGGAGCAGUUGAGAAGGAAUAA